GGCAACGCGCCUUCAUUUCGGAUUGACAAUACCGUACAACCACACUUCCUCCCGCACAGCAUUCCAACCGACGACUCAAACGGACGAACAGAAUAUUCCAGAACUCAACCCACCUGCGCUAAUAAGCAAGGCAUAAACCAAUCUUCCAUAGUAAAGUGUCAUCUUUAGCGUCGAGCGUCAACCCUGUUCCCUUGAAUCAUCCUCACAACCUAGACUACCAAGCCAGUGUUGUUCCCAACGUCAAACCCGAAGAUUCGAAAAUGCUUCUAUGGCCGGAUCUUCCAUCGGUGCGACCCUGGCAAUCGUGGCAGAACUGGGCCGACCAGGAACCCGCGACGGGCCUCUCGAUUGAGCUCGAUCUCGAGCCGUUAUCCCGGAAAACGGAAUAGAAGCAUCGACCCGACGAAGCAAAGACGCAUUGACAGAUCAGUGGAAGUGGCCGGUCAUACCCCUCCGAAUCGCCAGAUUUAAAGUGGGACACACCGGUUGUGAUUUCGGCCAUGUCAUGCGCAUUUCGCUCCGCCAUGCGCAACAUCCCGGCCUUCUCAAUGCCCGGAGACAUGGGGAGCCCAAGAUUCUUCGCUCCUUUGUUUCGGCCAACAUUCAACGGUCUACUCCGCUCCAGAAAGACGUCGUCUCAAUGAGGCAUACGAAACAACAAAACAAACUCCCCACCCACCCUGUAUCAAUGCGCUGCUGGAACGAUAACGGCUUUCCCCCAAAAUCUUGCAGCGCAUACACAUGGCACGAGAUGUAUCCGGAGUCGUUGUCGCCAUUGCACCAAGAUAACUGUCAAAUGUGACAGCAGCUCGAUACGUUUGUGACGAAAUUGGCAACAAAAACAACUAACGUCAUCCAUCUCAUUUUAUCUCUUUGGCGAUUUGAUCGUCCCGCAAUCCCCGCAAUCCACGAGGCGCCGCCUGACAGCUCAUCAAUAGACGAAAUAGCAAUCCUGCCCCCCUCCUCCACUCGGCAAUCUUUGGCUCGUUUCGACUGCUUCUGACUGUCACUGCACCCCGAGAUCGAUCAACCUAUCUAGGGCAUAUUAUGCAAAGAGAUUGCGGCGAUCGUCCGACCAUCACUGUUCGCCCUUGGAUUCGGAACAGUCGAGUUCGAAUCGUUGAGGUUAUCGAGAAACUACCCAAGCACGCCAGGAUACUGGGGUUAACCGAGGCGCACGUCAUCCCGCCUGAUUGGCGAUGGAAGUCGAUGGCGAUGGGCUAGUCACCCGCAGCCAGCCGAACGACCAGCCUUGAAGCCUCUGGGGUGCACACCAUUGGCCCUGGCGGGGGGGCCCAGACACUUCCGCCCAAAUUUUGACCAGCCCCAGCAGUAUCUUUCCUGGAUCCAUAAGCUUUCCCUUGCCUCAAUGUCGCCGUGACUAGCUUCACGUUCGUUACGUUCAGGUUACACAUACCAUUCGUCGGGCCCGCGAAUCAUUGAGGCUCCAAAGGUCACCGACUCGGUACUGCCAAAGUAGCAGAAGCCACCCGGGAUUCAGCGGAGCAAGACGCCCACAGUUGUGACAACGAAGAAUGUCUGCUGAAGCGCUGCAUGAUUGGUUGACUGGUGAAUAGUCAGUCGACCCCUUCCGCGCAAUGCCACUGUCGGGGUAUUCGAUGGAGGCUUCCUGAUUCAAUGAUGCACAAAAGCAACUUCGACUUACCAGGUGGGCAUCAAGGCAUGGUUGGGCACGCACAUUUCGCACGUAGCGCGCGUCCCCUCAUCGUAUCGGCCGUCGGUGUUUGCUUGUCCAAUUUGUGCCCAACCCGGCCUGUUGUCACCGCUUCUUCUCCCGCUAGGUACAACCCUGCACAAAUCAUCCCAUCCGGUACCGAAAAGCUACUCCGACCUUUCGGGCAACAAUCCUCCAGCCCAGCAAAGGAAAAGUUUCUGUCACAGCCCAAUCGGUGCCCUACUCGACACAACUGGCUCCGUCCUCCGUCAGGAGUUGGCACGUCCAAUGGCUUCCACGCGUGAGCCUACACAGGCCGGCCAUAAGAUUUGUCGUCCUUCUGGGGUCUUCCUUGACUGAGGGGCCAACUGUCAAAAAAUUCGACCUGGCAUCGCGCGAAAAAUAGAGGGGGACAGGAAGAGCACCAGCAAUCAAAGGGCACGCUGAUCUCCCUCGUCACUCGCGUGUCGUGCCCACGAUCCACGCUCGACAAGCUAGGGAUGGAUGCCAACUUGUCCUGGGGCUCCCACCGUCGACCAAUCUAUUCCAGGACGCCCGACAGAUGAACCUUCUGGACUACAGCGCUUGGCAGUCACGUAUCCUCCAGCCCAUGCGGCAGCCGUCCCGCUUGAAACCAGAGACGUCUCCAUGAGUCCAUGGUGUUGGUCGUUAGGGCGAAUGCAAAUCUUUACUCGAGUCUCGCCGGCCUGCGUCUGUCCUGGUCCCUGUCCUCCCUUCGCCUCGACUUCCCAACGGACCACAUCUUUUGGCUGUCUUGACCAGGAUCAACCAUUGUCGUCGCUCCAGUACAACGCCCCACGAGGAAGGACAUCGCAAGCAGACAUAAAUGCCUCCAUUCCGAACUUAAUCAUCCACUGUCAGGAUCCUGCCCGCUCCCCCAUCCUCGUCCAUCCCAGGAGCUUGUUGGUUUCUUCUUUCCCGUUUUGCGCCAGCAAGAUCAGACAUCUCCCACUAACCCCCUAGUGUCUUUUACGUCAAGCCAUUCCCGAUCAUCUUAUAAGUCAUUUAAGGUGUCUUCGUGGAGACAGGUCGUUUCUUGGACCGAUCACCUGCUUGCCCCCCAUCACGCACACCGCCCUUGUAACGACCCGGAGUUCUUCAAGGGUCCCAUCCUGGAACAAGACCAUUUUUGUUAUCGUGGAUUCCCUUGUGUUUGAGGAGACAACCUGCCGCAUUUUCCCAGGAAUACUUGGCCGAAGAUCACAGCCCAAAGGACUCUUUUUUGGACACCCAGGGCUGACCUGCCCGCCUAAGGACUAUUCAUAUUUCACGUGGCUUCCAUCUCAGGACACUUAGGAGAUUUCCAAACAUUUUGCUGUCUGAUUUCUUUUCUCUCUACCGUUAUGCCCCCGGAAGAUAUGGCCCAGCCGGAUUUUGCCUACAGACCAUCAGCCAUGUCCAACGGACCGUGGAACUCGACGCGGAGUUCAAUGUACAACGAUACAUUCCCGCCUGCCGGAGGAUUUGAUACCAACUACUAUCGUUCAUCGAGCGUGUCCACGUACUCGCCAGGAGCUAGUAACUACAAUUUGCCGAUCGGAACCAAUCCCCAUGCUGUUGCCGCUGCCGCCGCCGCCGCCGCUGCUCCGGCGUACGGAUCGCGCCCAGCUUCUGGCACAUACGGCACCAGUGGUGCCGCCGGCUACGGGUCGUACAAGAGUACGAACUCUCAAUCAUGGGAUCACCAGGAAAGAUACUCCCCGACGGACUCUGUCGACGACAUUAUUGCAUCUCCGAACCUUUCUGAUUAUUCACUCGAGAACGGGGCCGGCACCACUCCCCCGAGUAAGAGCAAGGUGAAUGGCAAGGGUCGGCCACAACGUCGACCUUCUAACCGCGACGAAUUCGACGGCCCGCAUCAGUUUCUCGCUCGCCCGCCGCCAGAAUACAUUGCCAUGCAAGAACGCGAACUGCCCCAUCUCCCUACCAACCUACACGUUCAAGAGCAGGACUUGGUGCUCACCCAAGUCAACGACAGGCUCUCUCAGUGUGCGUACGACUUCGUGGCCAAAUAUCAGUUCCCCAUUCCUUUGACACAGGACAUGCGACCUGUCGAGCGACCUCAGGACCGAGAAUGGACAGAAUGGGUCUACCUUCUGAAGCGCCUGGCUACGAAGCGCCGCAUCCCGGCGCGGGUACUCUACAACGGCCAAAUUAAGCAGUUUGUCACGAUUCUCGAGAAUUCAUUGGAAAUGCGACAUGCGGCCAAGCACCAGAGUCGCCCAUUAAAGGACGACCGCAACAUUUUACAGCUCAUUUCGGCGGGCAUUCAGGUAGCCAAGAUCCUCAAGGACGCGAGCGCCAUGGACUACCUCGACCGACUAUACGUUUCUACGGAGAAGCAAAUCCAAGACCGCGCUGCACAGCGGUUCAGAAGCUAGUGUGCUUCCAUGCUUCCUCCUAUCAUAUACUCGCCCAGGCCGAAGUCGACAACCUCGCCGUGCGCAGCAAACCACGGCGAGUGUCUCGAUGCUGGCGGCCAAUGUGGCACUUUGUUUACGACAUUUUACGGACCUUACGAACUGAAAGUUAUUGCAGAAGGGCGGAAUCUACCUCGUUCUUUAGAAGAAGAGAAGAAGAGUGUGAAUGAUUCCUCGAUACGGAACCGGGACGUCAUCGGGACGACAGCGGCCCCCAAAGGCACGACGCAGGAGAAAACACCCACAGGCUCUAGCUUAGCUCAACACUCCACCUCUCGGCAAAGCGAGUUGCGUCUUGUUUGUUUUUUAAUCUGAUUUUUUGUACGAGAAAUGGUAAUGGCGCUCCCUUGUGGGCAGAAAAACCUCGCUUUACUUCUGCGGCCUCCAGAUACUCUCGACUGAACUGCCUCUUUACACACGCACACGACACACACAUACAUACACCUUUACUUGACCCUUUACGGUUUGGUUUCGCAAGCAAAAAAAGGGCAUGAGCAUUGUACAAGGGAAAGCGGUGGGCGCUACAGGUUCAUCAGGAAAGGGCGGAAACCUCUUUGUACGUUGGUACUGUUAUUUUGGUGGCUUGCUAUUCGUUUCUGCACUGCCACGGCGUAGUUUGGGGGCCUGGAGUUGUUUCAAUGGGUCAUAUCUUUUUUGGACAGACACCCGUCACUUACACUGGG